GGGGAUGUAGCUCAGCAUUCCCUGGGCUCGAUCUCCAGUGCCAGGAGCAGGGGGUGCUUGGUGAAGUGCUGAAAUGUACUUUAGGAGCACCGCCCAGCCUGACCGCCGCUCCCCGAGGACAUGGCUACGACCUCUCUCUUGAGGUUCCAGAAGGGCAGGGGAAAGGUGUGCUCCAGAGUCACCUACUCAUGCUGGUAAAGGGCCUUGGUGAUUAGAAGUAUGUAGGGAAAGGAAACUAGUAAUGCCAGUUAAUUAGUUCCCAGGGCCUCUCAGCCACUGCCUGCCUUCUCUGAUCAGCUUAUUCUGUUAGCUGGAAAUGUGCUUUUGAAGUGUUUGUUCCAUAAUCCAACUAUCACAGGAGCUCUUGCCCACGGAUAGGUGCAUCGUCCCUUUCACUGGGCCCUGAGGAGCAGCAGCAAGGAGCAGGGCUGCCUUAGUGUACUAUUAGGGGAUAGGAGAUUUUUCUGAGCUGGGCCAAAUUACUUUGGUUGCUAAGUAACAAUUGGCUUUUAGUGGAAAACUUGGCCGAGGCAAGGAUUGUGCAAUUGAAUCCCUGCCCCAGCGACCUCAAGGUAUUUCCAUCUAGGAGGCUGCUGCCCGUUGCCGAGGCGUCACGUGUGAAGAUCACAUCUGUCACGAGUGCUGGGGGCGAGGCAGGGAUAUCAGCAGAUUGUCCCUUGUGCCAGAGAAGGGCAGGGCCUGACUUGCCCUCUGAACCCCGGGACAGAGCCGAUUCCUGGGUGUCCCCCUCCUUGAGCUCUUAUGACUCCCUGAAUGGUGACCGCCAGGGUUCAAAGGACCAGGAAGGUGAGAGGUGGCUGGCGAGGCUGCUCUGCAGUCGUUCUGAGGAUUGCUCAAGCAAGCGCGGGACCCUUGGCCUACUUCCGACCGGCUGCUGAGCGUUGGGCGAGUGGUUCGUGGAGCGGUAGGCUGACUGGCCGGUCUGAUAAGCACUUUCUGCAGGCAGCCCAAGCAGGUGGAGUCAGGCCCUCCGAUUUGUGUCAUUUGAACGUCCUGCGUAAAGGAGAAGGAAGUGUGACUUCAGAAUUCACUGAUACAGGGACUGCAGCUGGGGCCUUGCGGACCUGGUAUUGUGAGAUAAGAGGACAGUCAAGACCGCCCCUCACCCUGCCCUGUGAACCUGCGAGUCUCCGCUGCCUCCCUCCUGUGACCAGGACAGGGGAGCGGGUCUUCCCAGGUGGCGUCCUUUCCCAGCCACCCUCCUGCCCCUCCGCCCUCUUCCCUUCCUCCUCCGCCCCUCCCCGCCCUGGGACACGCCUCCAGCCCCCGUGGUCACCCUUGUCCCCACUUCCUGCCUGGCUGGCACUUCGAUCCCACACCCCACAGACACAUACGGUCAUGUCAGAGUCCAGAUUCCUCAGGUGUCCGGUUCCAGUCUGACUCGGACCUGUGUGCCCACUUCUGGGCGCCCUCUGACACGCGCUCCACAAGGCUCUCUGCUCCUCACCGCCCCACCCCUGAGGCCUAGUCCGAGACUGCCUCUUCCCUGCCAUGUGCCCCGCUUGGAACCUCUGCCCGUCUACUGCUCACCUCUGCUUUUAUUUAUGUUACUUGUGCACCAGGCACACCUCUCCUUAAGAACAGGGACAAGAGCUCAUGCAUGUUUCUAUCUCCACUGAAUUUAGCCCAGGUAGGAAAUGUGUGUGUGUACAAUUUCAAUAAGUGAAUUAAUUUUUUUUUCUUUUUUGGUGAUUGUGGUGCUGGGAUUUGAAACUGGUGCCUUGAACAUGCUAUACAUAUGUACUCUUACCACUGAACUACACCCCCAGCCUUGAGUAUCAUUUUGAAGAACUUCUCUUGGCUCUUUUUCCCUCCUUUCAAUUGUUCACCCCCAAAUAAACAAGAGAAGCUAAUCUCUAUAAAACAGGGGAAGUAGAGAAAGGACUACUUUCUGAAAUGUAUA